AUGACUGAUUGGAAUUUAAUCGACCGGUGCAUACAUUACGAUGUAGUGAUACCACAUUCAUGGUUGAUAUUUUUCGGGGGUGAUAUCUCUAACUUAUUAAAUGAACUACGUUUACAAUUAGUUGAGAUAACUUUUGAUGGGAUAGGUAUGACUGAUAUGCCAAUGCUUAGAAUUAACAAUCAACGUGCUAUGCUGCAGUUACGUCAUGACAUCGAAGUCUGGUGGUUCCGAUUGUUCAACGUGAAUAGUAUCACUGACCGAUGUUAUUAUAUUCUUGAAAAUUAUGGUGUUAAUUUAUUUCUGAAUAUGAGUGAUUAUGAUCAAGAAUAUAAUUUUAACAUCCAAUCAACACCACCGGCACCUUCACCACCAUCUUUACCAACGCCUUCAGCAAUGUCAAGCCAAGUAGCGACCGUUAGCAGAUAUUAUUCAUGGGCUCAAGAGCCCAUGGGUAUGAGACGAUUAAUUGGACAGUGGAUGUUGCAAAGCUCCAUUGAAAUGAUACAACAACAACAACAAGAAUAUGAAGAAGAAGAGCAACAACGAGGACAACGACGACGACGACGACGACGACGACGACGAGAACGACAAGAUCGACGAAGCUCAUCGAGUGAGAGAGAUGAUCAACGCAGAGUUGAUUUUGGAAAUUUGCAAAUUUCACCACCCCGCAGAAGACGAAGAAUGAAUUCACCGCCACCACCACCACCACCAUCCUCACCACAACCGGGGACAUCAAGCGGGCUGCCAGGGCUCAACCUGCUACGGCUACGCUUUCAUGAUGAACAAUCUUCAUCAUCAUCAUCAUCAGAAGACCUUGAUAUCUAUCAGAAUGUUAAUGAUGGAUAUAUUGCUGACGAUGAAGAUAAUUCUCCAGAUUUUUUUUCACGAGAAGGUGAAUCAGAAGAAAAAUCUGGAGAUAUGAUGUGUCAACAUUGUGAAUCAUCGCAUGCCAGAGAUGAACCAUCUGAGUUUAGAAGAGCACCAUCGCCGUCAGCAUCAACAACAGCAUCAACCUUAAUAUUAUCAACAGUGUCAACAGAAAAUAAUUUUACCGAGAUUUUCCGCUAUCCAACUCAAAAUGUAGAUUAUAAUUCUAAUGGUGAGCAUUCAUCAUCAUCGAAUGAUGAUGAUGAAAUACUUAUAGAUUUAUAA